CAUAAUACAUUUAGCAGCCAUUUUGGGCUACUUAUGUCGCUUCUCUAUGUAUUUGCCGAUUCUUUUAUACUGUGCCAUGUACAUAUAUCUUGUGCCUGGGAGUGGAUGUAUGCGCCUAGAUGACCAGAACGUGCGUCAAUACACAGUAGGAUUGGACCCGAGGGGCUUUCGUACAGCACACACACGAGUGCCGCCUUAAGGGCUAUGGAUGUUGCUGGACGAUAAUAGCAGGCUGAGAGAGAAAAGAUGCUGCACACGUCAUGUACUGAGGACCGGAUCCAACAUGCUCUGGACCGAAGUCUGGACGGGCUCAAGCACAGCGCCGCUGCGGCACAAACCUGGAACGUUUUAAAGAGCUUGUCAAGCCACUCUAUGAGCCGGUGGAGUCUGGAGGAGCUGGUGAAAAGGGACCCGGAGAACUUCCUCAUUCUCCUGCAGCAGAUCCUCAGGAAGACCAGAGAGGUUCAGGAGCAGUGUCAAUAUGAUCUGGUGGCUCCCCUGGCCAUAAUGUUCUCUUCCACUUUACUGCAGGCUCCCUUCUGUCCCCCUGAAAUGGAGCUUCUGGAGGAGGCGUGUUUAGUGUUUGGCUGUUUUCUGACUUGGCCAGAGCCUUACUGUAGCGUGUGUAAGAGCCUGCUCUCCACUUUACACCAGGAGCUCAAAGCCCCAGGGAUUUCAUUUCACAGACUGGUGAUGGAAGAACAGGAACUUGACACCUUGAAACACCACUCAAAGACCAUGACGGUUCUGUUGAUGAACCCCAGUGAAGUUCCCGCAGAGUUUCUGUCUGUGGCCGAACAGCUGGGUAGUAUCCAGCACUCCCAGAGUGAGACGUACAUCACCCUGGUCAAACACGCCUACCAGGCUGUCCUGGGCACCAAAUACCCCCUAGCCAGCAUCCACAAAGCCCUGCAGGCCAAGACUGUAGAGGAGCUGGCGGAGAUCUUCUCCACGGUAACCGACAUCCUGGAGACUGCCGCUGCCAUGGGGGACCCGGUGAAGGGCCGUGGCCAUGUCAUCCAAGGCCUGGAAGGGCUGAGGGAGAGGACGGGCAUCCCAGUUUCCAAUGGCACAAAGUCGAGUGGACUGUUACAGACUCUACCUCUGCCGACAGCCAAGUGCUACAUGUUUCACUGGGACACGGAUAACUUUGACAUCCUUAACACCGUUCUGCAGAAGGAGCAUGACCUUACCAGCUUACAGAACUCUAAUGGCCCAGGUGAGGGCGGAAAAGAGGAGUUCGAUGCAGAAGAAGGGGCAAUGAGCGACCAAGAGGAGGAGGAUGAGGAGGAAGAGGAGCAGUUUGUCGGCGACAUAUCCAUGUACAAUGGCUGCAGUGAGGACCACCGCGCCUCCACCUUCUCCACAGUCUCCUCCCUCUCCACGGCCUCCAAAGACUCCAUGUACUCCACCAUGUCCGCGGCUUCCGCGUCCUACUCCGUCCUCUCCAUCACCUCCGGCAUUGACAGCGACUUCUGCGAGGACCCCGAGGACGCCGCCUCCAGCCCGACGUCUGCGGAGCGGUGCCCGGCGGUCGGCAAGUCCGGCAAGGCCUCUGCGCGGAUCAGCCAGCACUUCUCCCGCCUCUUCAAGACAAAGACCCAGUCCCUGACCAGGGCCAAGAGCCUCGGCAGCCCCGAGGGGAAGGACCUUGUGGUGGUUCGCUCCAAGCGCUCCAACUCCCUCCCCCAGCAGGUGCAGCUACGUAGCUCUGAUUCCCCGUUCCAGACCCCCUGCGCCCCCCAGGCCCUCAAGCACGUGUGCUUCCGCCGGAGGCCCAUCCUGAGCUGCGACGAAGAGGGCAACGGCAACGGCGUCACCUUGAGGGUGGUGGUUUUCGGCGCCGACCACAUGGCGGGCAAGGUGGCCCGGGCCUACAGUAACCUACGCAGGAAGGAGGACCUGUGUCCGCACCUCAGCAGGGCCUGCCGCCUGCAGUUCUACUUCGUGCCCGUGAAGAGGGACAGGCUAGGGGGUGUCGGCAGUCACUCCAUCCCGAGGUGUCCCAGUCCCGGAGGUCUGUCGGCCAGCCCGCGCAAAGAAAGUGGAUCCUGUGUGGAGCUCAACACAUUGGGCGCGGAGGACAGCACUAAUGACAUAGCCCGUUUUAUCGGGAUGUUGGAUCCCUGGUACGAGCGCAACACACUGAGCCUGCUCAGUCUACCUACCAACGUGGUCUGUCAGCAAACGUCGAAGACGGAGUCGGCGUCAUACGACAGUUCCUACGAGGAUCGUCUGCCUAUUCUGGCAGACUUGGUGCAAUAUUACUGUCGCCACGCUGCCCGGCCGGCACUCAUUCAGCUCUACCAGGCUGAGUUGACAUUGGCCGGAGGCGAGAAGAGGACCGAGGUGUUCAUCCACUCUUUAGAGCUGGGCCACACGGCGGGAACACGGGCCAUCAAAGCCUUGGGUGCUGCUAGAAAGAGGUUCGGCAUCGAUGGGGACCGGGAGGCGGUGCCUCUCGAGUUAGAAGUUGUUUACAACAGGGUGGUUAUCAGUGGGAGAAGUCAAAUGACGCGGAAAGACAAAGUUUUCACCUCCAUCAACCUGACCAAAGCAUGCAAGAAUCCAGAGGAACUAGAUUCAAAGAUGGAGUGCUUGCAGAUGACCAUGACUGAGGUGCUGAAAAGGCAAAACUCCAAUAAAUCCAAAAAGGGCUACAACCAGCAAUUGAGCGUUACUGAGGUGAAGGUGGACAAGGUCCAGGUGAGCGCCGGCGCUGACACCACUUUUGCUGUGUGUAUGGACCAGGAUGAGAAAAAGAUUUUCCAGAGUGUCACCAGAUGUGAAGUGUCUCUGUGCUACAAGCCAGACAGCUCUACCGACUGGAGGCUUGGCAAAGCCUUGUCCGCCCAGAUCCAGCCUCUCCAUCCCACCUUCUGCUCCCUCCUCUGCCUGCCCAUAGCCACCUUCAUCGGGGCACAGCCUUGACAGCCUCUACCGUGGAGGAACCUCUUUGGCACACCGCAGACCCGACCCCAAGAAAAUUGAACCGUGAACGAAGACUGUCUGUGACCGAUAGACAUUACACGGGUGCUGAAUUGAGGUGGUUUGGUCAGCCGAGGUCACGUGAUGAGUCACUUUACCCUGGGCAUGCUGGGAGAUCUGUUUUUUGAUACCCACAUCACAGACACACUAUGGAUUAUGUAAUUACUGUAUAUUUGUACAAUAUUUUGCUCUCAAAAUAUAUCGGCCCACAACGUUGUUCAGCCAGCAGGGGUCUCUGCUGCAUUUGUUUUCCUAUUCAAGAGUAAUAGGAGGAUUUUAAGGUACUCCCGUUGCCUUUCUCAGGACUCCAAACCCUGAUCCGACAGCACAUAUCUUAAUGUAUAUAUCUUACUUUGUAUUAAAAAAAAAACACGUACAUAACAGUUUAAUAUUAUAGAAUAUGAAACAGCACACUGGAUUGUGUAUAUAUUUGACAAUGUAUGAUAUUUGUAUGAUAAUUGAUGAUAGCGUUGGUGACAGUAGGUAUGUUUUCAAUUAUGCUGUUUUCUGCAGGGAUAUGGAAAAUACUUUAGUUUGCCAGGGUGGAUAAAUCUGGUGUCAUGUCCAGUGGUUGUCAAACCUGACCUCGGGGACUGGCAGAUGUUUCACAUUUUUGUUCACUCUGGAAAAGUAAAACACACUUAUAGCUGCUGGUCCCCAAGGAGAGGUUUGAGAAACCCCUGUCAUAGACCACUCUAUGGUGCUAUUGUACACAUUACUUUUGAAAACAGGUCACUGCACGAAAACAGAUGUGCUCAUAGUUAUCAAUCCCUGACUUAACACUGCGCAGUAAGUGGACAUAUUGGUAGUGCCCUGAGUUUCUACUGACCUAACCAGGGAACAAUAUCUGGGACCAAAUCAUUAGACCCAUAGGGCCUGAUGGUUUUGGUGAGGACAAGUAUAUAUAGUAAAUUGUAAAUGUACAGGUACUAGACGUGUAGCCUAACAAUAUAUUGUGCACAUGUGUAAACUUGGGUUGUCAAGCGCUUCUGUCAUCUCGAUGGUACCAUUAAAGAAUAUUUUAAACCUU